AUGCUCAGAACUGCGCGAGCAGGGAGUGCGGAGGGUACCUGGCCGGAGCGACAGAGACAGUGGUUGGGGGCCCGGGGCGCAAAGGCUGAGGCGACCCUUAGCCCCCUCCUGCCCGCACACACCCCCACCGCAGCCCGGCCAGCGUCGACGCCUAAGGGGGGACCAUUACAUAACCCCGCGCCCCGCGGCGCCUUUGCCCGCCGUCCAGGGCGGCCCCCGAGCCGAGCCCCCGGGUGGGGGGCGGGAGCUCCCGACACCUGGCUGCCGGGGGUGAGGGCCAGAGAGGCGGCCGUACUUAUUUCUCCUCCACGGGCUUGCGAGUGGAGGCGGAGAGCGCGGCGCGCGGAGAGGCCGCGUCGGUGGGCUUGGCGUCAGCGCGGGCUUGCGGGCGGGCGGCCCUGCUCGGCCCGGCCCCCCUGGCCCUCCGGGCCGGCGAGCUCCACGCUCGGCGUCGUCGCCGCGCCUCCGCUGUCCGCUGCGCGAUGUGAGCUGGCUCCGGUGCCAGUCUGGCUCUCGGCUCGGGUGAGCUCAGUGCGGCCAUUAGGGGCCGGUGCGGCAGCGGCGGCGCGGAGCGCAGCGGCAGGAGGAGGAGGAGGAGGGCUCGCAGGGUGGGGGCGCAGGCCCGGGAGGGGGCACCGGGAGGAGGUGAGUGUGUCUGGUCGCCUCCUCCUCUCCCCCUUUUUCGCCCCCGCCUCCUUGUGGCGAUGAGAAGGAGGAGGACAG